GAUUUUUCACGGGCUGUGUGGGUUUAUUUGCUGCGGGAUAAAAAGGAAGUGCACAAAUAUUUUUCUUCAUUUAUCGCUAUGGUUGAAAAACAAUAUGAAGUGCGGCCCAUCAAAGCUGUACGUAGCGAUAACGGUACGGAAUUUAACUGCAUGAAGUCUUAUUUUGAUAACAAUGGCAUUCUAUUUCAAACUUCGUGCGUUCAUACCCCCCAACAGAAUGGGAGAGUGGAACGCAAAUACCGCCAUAUCUUAAAUGUUGCUAGGGCAUUGAUGUUUCAAGCGCAUGUUCCGGUGCGGCUGUGGGGUGAAUGUGUUCUUGCUGCGGUGUACUUAAUUAAUCGCACCCCGUCCGACCUCUUAGGCGGGAAAACGCCUCACGGAGUACUUACUGGGGUGAGUCCAUUAUUGUCUCAUUUGUGGAUUUUGGGGUGUCUAUGUUUUGCAUAUACUCAUCAAUCAAGAGGUGAUAAAUUCUCUUCCCGUAGUAGGAAGCGUGUCUUUCUUGGCUACCCCCAUGGCAAGAAAGGAUGGAAAUUGUAUGAUUGGGAAACCGGGGAAAUAUUUGUGUCACGAGAUGUGCAAUUCCAUGAGGAUGUGUUUCCUUUUAUGCCUUCGGUUUCCUCUGUGGCUGAUGGUUCUUUGCGAAAUGACACUCCGUUGCCUAUUGUUAUGGAUGAGGUACUCUCCCAUCUUCUACUAUACCUGUGAUCACCGAGCCAGAAGGUACUCCCCCCCCUUUACCGAGGCUACAUCUACACAGGAGGCACCCCCUCCCUUAGGCCGCGGCUUGCGUGCUAAUCGCACCUCAGUCCUCCUCUGCGACUUUGUUACUCACCAUGUAACAGUCAGCCCAUCUUCGCUACACUCUCCGUUCGUCAGCUCCUCAGACGCCUUAUCCCAUAGCACCUCUUAUAAAAUGUGAUAAAUUUUCCUCUCGUCAUCGGGCUUUCCUUGGAGCCUUACUUGCAGGUCAGGAACCACGUUCGUUCCGUGAGGCAAUGACAGACUCGGGAUGGCGUCAAUUCAUUUUGAAAUGAUAAAAAUGAAAAUGUUACUCUCUUCGCCUCAUAAUUAAUUCAUUUUGAUUUGGCAAAGUAAAAGGUAG